GGCAUCACUUUAAAGCCCCUGAUGAAAAGCACAUGACUAACAUCCCAACAAUGCUUUUUCAAAUCUAGUCCCUGAGAUCUGCAGAUGGUGUGAUCUCAGAGAGUCAAGAGCUCUUUGCUGAAACUGAACUUCUCGCUCUUACAGCAGAGGUUUUCCAUCGGUGGGGGUGUUUGGGGGCUUUUUUUUUUUUUUUUUCCUGGAGAGAGGAUGAUGCUGUUGCCUGUUCACUGGAAAUGUAUUGACUGAGGAUCCAACUCUCAGCCUUCCAGCUGGACCCCGCUGCUGCUCUGCUUACUGCGUGGGGUUUAAAGCAGGACACAAACACACCUGACAGCUAAGCUUUUCCUAGUUUGCUGUUCCACUGACCAGCCUUUCAACAAAAACCAUGAGGGUCUUCCUCCUGCUUUGCCUGUUGGCAUUAGGCAAUGCCAAACCCUACCAGCCAAUUAACAUCAUGGACUUAAUGAAAAACUAUGACAUCAUGAUGGCUGAUUCAGAUGACAAUGAUGAUGAUGGCGAUGACAACGAAUUAAACGAUGAAGACGACGACAACGACGACGACGAUGAUGACAAGGAUAAUUUUGAUGAUGAAGAUGAGAACUGUCCAACUGGUUGCCAUUGUUCACCCAGAGUGAUGCAGUGCUCAGACCAGGGUCUGAUCGCUGUUCCUGAGAAGAUCCCUGAGGACACUGUGUUGAUAGACCUUCAAAACAAUGAUAUCACUGAGAUCAAGGAGAAUGACUUUAAAGGCCUCCACAAGCUUUAUGGUCUGUUUCUGAUUAACAACAAGAUCUCUAAGAUUCACCCUAAAGCCUUCAAGAACAUGGACCAUCUCCGAUUGUUGUACCUCUCCUACAACCUGCUAACUGAGAUCCCUGCAAACCUUCCUCCCAAUGUCAUCGAGAUCCGCUUUCACGAAAACAAGAUCAACAGAGUCCAGAAGGAUGCAUUUAAGGGCCUGAGGAAACUUCAUGUACUAGAGCUGGGUGCCAACCCUCUGGCAAACAGUGGGAUUGAACUGGGAGCUUUUAAUGGCUUGUCGACUCUGUAUAUCGGAAUAGCGGAGGCCAAGCUAACUGCUAUACCAAAAGACUUCCCAUCCUCUAUCACAGAAAUGAGCCUGGACUACAACAAGAUCACCAAGGUGGAGGUAGAGGACUUCAUCAGAUACAAAAACUUGCAGAGGCUAGGACUAGGUUUUAACCAGAUUAAGUUUGUAGAGAAUGGCAGCUUUGUGAGCAUCCCAAAUGUCCGGACGAUCCACCUAGACAACAACCGUCUGAAGAAGGUCCCACCUGGCCUCAGUUCACUGCGCUACCUCCAGGUGAUUUUCCUUCAUGGAAACAAAAUCAGCAGUGUGGGAGUCAAUGACUUCUGUCCCACUGGGUCCAGUGUCAAGAAGAACCUGUAUACAGGCAUCAGUCUGUUCGCCAACCCUGUUAAGUACUGGGACAUCCAGCCAGCUACCUUCCGCUGUGUAACUGGACGAAGAGGUGUACAGCUCGGAAACUUCAGAAAGAAGUAGGGGGUUUAAAGAAAAGGAGGAGUUCUAGAAAAUAAAAAUGGAGAAGUGCCAAUAUCCAUGUUACACAGUAUACAAAAAACAUGAAUCUCUUCAUUGAAGCAUUAGCUGGUCAGGAAAUAGGAAGAUUUCAUGACACUGUCAUGUUGUUGAAUAAUUGUACAUGUUCUAAGCCAAGAAGAGAAAACUAGUUUGGAUGUCGAUUCUGAUAAUGCCUAUUCAACCAUUAACUAAAACUAUGUGAAAAAAUACUCAGCUAUAGACGGCCUAUGGGGGGCUGGAGAGUACAACAUGAAUGGCUGUAUAUUAUAAUGAUGAUUACAACAAGCUCUUGCAUGAAUACUUGUAUUGAUAUAGGGCCCGGUCUAUUUGUGUGAGCCGAUCAAUCCUAGCUCACCCUGGUUACCUUCAGAGCAAAAUCACCCAUGAAUGGCAUUACAUGCAUAAGCCUCAGAAGAGCA